UGUGUAGGAAUUAAAUACACUGCUCCUCUCAGCUAAUUCCUAAGUUAUCUGCAAAAAGACUGGAGUUUUCAGGCGAACGCUGCGAGCCGGGCGCAGGGUCAUCAAUUGGGAACAGACCCACGUUUCUGUUAACACCGUUCUGCGGAGCAGCCACGAGACAAAACUGCGGCUCUUUGAUCGCCAGGAUUAGCUGAGCAACAUGCGUGAGAAACGGGACCAGUCAGUGACCAUGUAACGGUCCCAGCCAAACGGGUGAAGUCUGGCCACACCCGGGGGAGUUUCAACUUCCCAGAAGACCCAGCCAGAUCAAGUUACAGUGAAGAUGAAGGUUCUUUCAUUCUGUCCUAACUCCGCAGUGAGCGCCUCUCUGCCUAAUUUGAUCAUUUUCUUCAUUAUUUAUCACAUUCACAAGCUGGAAUCAGCUCAGUUCAACGUGACCGGUCGUGAUCACCCUGUCACUGCCAUUGUGGGUGAGGCCAUUGUGUUACCCUGUCACCUGUCCCCCAGGAUGAGCGCUGUGAACAUGGAGGUGAGAUGGUUCCGAUCUGAGUUCUUUUCACUUGUGCACCUGUAUCAGCAUGGAAAGGAUCAAUACGGAAACCAGAUGCCAGAAUAUCGUGGAAGGACAGAGCUUUUGAAAGCCGGCAUCACGGAUGGGAAUGUUUCCUUGCGGAUUCUUAAUAUCAGACCUUCAGAUGAAGGACAAUACAACUGUUUUGUUCAAGAUGGUUCUUCUUAUGAAGAAGCCCCAUUGGAACUGAAGAUAGCAGCUUUGGGCUCCAAUCCUCUCAUCUCUGUGGAGAGUCACCAGGAUGGAGGGAUCCGGGUGGUUUGUCAGUCGGCUGGGUGGUACCCAGAGCCCAAGGUGCUAUGGAGAGAUCCCAGUGGGCAAGAAUUACCAUCACUCUCUGAAGCAAAAUCCCUAGGGGAUAGUGGCCAGUUUGAAACAGAAAAUUCUAUUAUUAUAAAAGAACGCUCAAACCAGAACCUGUCCUGUUGGAUCAGGAACACCUUUCUCAAUCAAGAAAAGGAAUCAACAGUUUAUAUAGCAGAUUUCUUUUUCCCGAGGGUGAAUCCAUGGAUGGUGGCUCUGAGUGUAAUUCUCCUGGUUUUAUUUGGUUUCAUUGGCCUCACUCUUUAUCUCUUUAAAAUAAAAGGGAAACAUCUUGGAGAAAUCAGGAAACGUGAUACAGAAAUUGAUGAUCUUCGAAGAAAACUUGGGAAACGUGAUACAGAAAUUGAUGAUCUUCAAAGAGAACUCGACUGGAGAAGAAACAUCGUCUGCCCAGGGCUGGGAAGUUCUGCGCCACCUGUACAAGUGAAUGUGACUCUGGAUCCAGACACGGCUCAUCCCGACCUCGUCCUGUCUGAGGAUGGGAAAAGUGUGAGAUGGGAAUACACAGAGCAGGAUCUGCCCGACAACCCUGAGAGAUUUAACUAUUGGCCCUGUGUGCUGGGCUGUGAGGGAUUCACCUCGGGGAGACAUUGCUGGGAGGUGGAGGUGGGGGAUGGGGGAUUCUGGUCUGUGGGGGUGGCCAGAGAGUCUGUGGGGAGGAAGGGACAGAUCAGCCAUAGCCCUGAGGGGGGGAUCUGGGCUGUGGGGUGCUGGAGGGAUCAGUUCCAGGCUCUGACCUCCCUUGUGACCCCCCUGAGCCGGGUCCCCAGCAGGAUCUGGGUUUGUCUGGACUGUGACCGGGGGCAGGUGACAUUUAUCGAUGCUGGUGACGAGGCCCCGAUCUUCACUUUCCCGCCGGGCUCCGUCCCUGGGGAGAGAAUCCGACCCUGGUUCUGGGUGGGGAGGGGAUCCCAGCUCAGCCUGUGUCCUUGAGACACACAGCAGAAAAAGGAACCGGAAAUCAGCCUCUCUAGCCUCAUAGACCCAGUCUCUAUGAUCUUGGAGGCCUUUCUCCUCAUCUCUAUGGCUGUUGGAAGCACCUCCCCCUCCCUCUUUGCAGCCCCAGGGAUGUGGGGAGAAGGGGGAAGAACCCCUGGGUCUGCAGGAGGGGCCCUGAGGGGCAGAGGUGGGGACUGGGCAAGGGGCAGAACUAACAGUCGGGCAGGGGACAAGCGGAGGUGGGGGUGGCAGGGACAGAGCAUGAAUCAAUCAGGGUUUGGGGGGCUAGGGAGAAGCAGCAGCAGUCGGAAGCAUUUUGUACGGAUCUGUGACCUUAGAUCUCACUGGGGGCUCCCAGCCGGGGAUCAGCUCAAGGGGAAGGAAUAAGAUCAGGGAAAGAAGAGAGCGGCCGAGGGGGAUGAUCUGUGACAGGGAGGCGAGACACAGGGAAAUAAAGAGGGAUGGAAAGUGAGGCUAGAAAAAUAAUGAAUAGAAGAGGACAGUAUGGAAGAAAAGGGAACGUGAGUGGGAUGGGUAGAUUUAUUACAUGUUACUGAAACUGAGACUGUAACUUGUUAAUUCCCUGUAUUAAACGCUGGCCACUGGUGCUAUCUUAGUGCCUUAAAGAAAACUGUUCUCAGUAGCUGGGAUCUCCUGGCCGUGCUGUGAUUAUUAAAGCUCCUUCUCAGCUCCUUUUAUUUUGCUACUUUCCGGCUACUUUGUAAAUAAAACAUUACGAACAAUU